AUGCUGCGCUGUGGUAGAAGUAUCAGUCAACGACUGAUAUCGACCAGUCAGCUAUCUGCCGGUCAAAAGAAAACGGAAACCCUUCCGACUCCCGAAGAAGCUGGUUGGGCCUUUAAUCACGUCGAGAAAAAGAAAGGUCUCUACAAACCAAAGCACAAUAUCGAAGAGCAGAUUUCCUAUAUGAAAUCUAAAGCUUACUUGGAUGCUUAUCAAGGAUUACCGGUCCAUCGGUCGUACAAAAGAAAUUUCAAAGGUCAAUACAUGCUUCAACCGCCACCAAGAUUGUUUUGCAUUGACAAACAUGGACGAUUCAAUGUAAAUCACGCUUGCCCCAUUUGCAGAGACGAAUAUUUAUUUUUCGACUUCAGAAAUCCGGGACUAAUACUACAAUUUUUGCAAGAUGGCACUGUGCAACCACUAGAUAUUCUAAAAACUGGGCUCUGUCGAGAACAAUACAACCUUCUUUCGGCACAACUAUUGAAAGCUAAGGAACACGGAAAAAUAACAUUUGGAGUAGAAUUUAGAAAUUUCGACUAUCGUCAAUACUAUCCAUGGUGGACUGAAGAACCUUCUCGCCAGGUCUCACGCGGUGGUCUAACUCUACCCGACAUUCAUCCAGAUCCCCUAAUUGAGUUUGAUGCCUUCAAGCCUGAGACCAAGACGUGGUGGGAUCAGUACUGGUUGCGACAUGACAAAUUUGCAAAGAAAGGAAAA